CCUUGCGCAAUCAAUGUACACGAUCCAACCCCUGCAGGAUAUGUGGUGCGGGUGGAGACAGGACUUACAGACAAAAGAGAACUUUCCUGCAGCCCGAGUUAAAGGAGUGGGAGCUUUCAAGAAGCAUGAUGGUUGCAAGGUUCUGUGGAGUCCUUGUCCUUCUCACUGUGUUUAUCAGUGGACUGGAUGCAGCAAGACCAGCUGUAAACCAGGAACUAUCCAAUAUUUUCAAUGAGCUGUGGACGUUGGAUGUGAAUCGCAUGACGCCUGCAACAGACUACACAAUCUCUGUUCAGGGUCGAGCCGGUUUUGUAAACCAGGGCAGCCAUGUUGUCCCAGAUCGAGCCUCACAGCCUCUGUUCUCCAACGUUGACGAGAACAAACUGAAGAACAUAACCACCUUUGCCAGGUUUAUGAAACUCCUGGACAACUAUGAGCGGUCCACAGGCGUUGCUGAACGAGUCACAACAGAGGAGCUGACGGAGAUUAAUCUCUUCCUGGAUGCCGUCUUAGAGACAGAAGUCAUGAAGCGGGCUCAUAAGUACCUGGUGAGCAAAACACAGUCCAGCUCUGUCCUGAGGCAAUUUAAGAGUCAGCUGCGCUUGAUCUGGUUCAAUCUCUACCGCAGAAAGAGACACUCAGGCCUGGACUCCUGUGGAUUCGAGCAUGUGUUUGUCGGAGAGACUAAAUCUGGAACAGAAAUCAUCGGUUUUCACAACUGGAUCCAGUUCUACCUGCAAGAAAAUAGCACACACUUGGACUACAAAGGAUACAAGGCCCGGGCAAAUGACUUGCCCGAUCAAGACGACCACGUUCUGAACCUCCAGUUCAGCUGGCACGGUCUGGUGAAGCCUGUUGGCAGCGCCUUCAUUGGGACCAGCCCAGAGUUUGAGAUGGCAGUCUUCACCAUUGUCUUCCUCAUGAACACAGAGAGGAGCACUAUUGCGCUAGUCAAUAUUGACCAGUGUCAGAUGGAGCUCGUGGUCAUCAGACAUGGACACUCCCUCGGGACGGCGUACCCCAAACUGCUCAGCAGCAACAGCAGACAUGUUAGGCAGCACUCACACUGAUGUGGAGGAUCUUCUCAUUUAAAGUGAUACACUCAACCUUAUAAUUAGGGUUGGGCCAGAUUACUUUGCAAUGUAGUCAGCAACUGAAUACAAAUUACAUGGCAUUGUUUGUAAUUAUUUACAUAAUCCAUUGGAUUAAAAAAAGACUCUAAUUUGAAUUAUUUUUGGAUUACUUCAAAAUCAAGCAUUGAAAAUAUUCCAAUAAAAAACAGAUCUCAAAAAAAACAUUUUCAGUGCUAAUAAAAUGUAUUUUGCAUAUUGAGAUUUUACAGUUACAGUUACAGUACUGAUUAUAGUUACUUGUAAUUUAUAUUACAUAAUCCUGAUUACAUGUAAUCCAUUACUAGCCAACCCUGCUUAUAAUGUUUGUGCUUAAGAGUCUGAGGUUUGGUUAAAACGGCACAGACCUACUUAGUAUAGCGCAGGGCAUAGAUGUGUACAUGUCUGUCAUUUGUUAUGAAUUGAUUGAUUCAUUUGUCAUUAAAAUUCCAUUUCAAUAAAAGGUAAUUGAUGCUCAAA